AUGGAUACGACUCAAUUUGAAUCCGAUCAAGGUGAAGGAUUGGAAUCAGAACAUUUUCUCAAAACAGGACCGAAGGAUGAAACAUGUCAAAAGGCAAAAUCACGUCGUACACUGGUAUAUGGUUUAAGAGAAGUGCGCAAAUUGUUAACACUUGGUGAAGUGCAAUGUGUAAUCCUAGCUCGCGAUAUCGAAAUCGAUAAAAUUGAACUUAUGAAGAAAGCCGAAGCAGUCAAAGCAUUAUGUGUAUCAAAUGGGGUAAAUAUUGUGCGAGUAUCAUCAAAGCACAGUUUAUCUAAAGCUGUAGGGAAAUGGCCUAUUGUGUCUGCAGUAGCAGUACUUAAUCGUAGUUUUGCCAAGGAUGCUUACAGUGAAAUGAUGCAAAAAUUAACAGCAGUUUGUUCUUGUGAGCGAAUAGCUGAUCCUAUGGAUCAAUCAUUCUAA